GUUCUCAGCUCAUGUUGUUUGUCGCAUUGUAGUUUUGAAGUGCUAAUUCGACGAAUUAUAAAGGAAUUCUUUGAAAAAAACAUCGAUAUUUGUUUUAUAUUUUGAAGCAGCUCGCUUGCAGCAAUACAGGAGGCAGCCAUGUUUGUCUUUCAAACAUGGGAAUUGUAGUUUUAACGUGACGUUCAAUAGGUGCGACUGCGGCGCUGCUUACAGCCAAAAACUACAAAUUUGGUUUAAAAGGCGCAUGUUCAAUGCGUCACUUCCGUUUUCUGGACCGGCGGGACUUCUUCACGUGGUGAAAACAAACGGAGUUGUUUUGACGAAGAAACGCCGAAAAACUCUGCCAAAUAUGAUGGCAACAAACGGAAAGGACUCACGCGGACUACAAGAAGACGCCUCUGUGAACGGAGCAGCCUCGGACUUACAGACCCACUCUAAUGACUCUACAGUCCGGCCGCAGCGGUUCACUUUCAGUCCGGGGCCGACCAUGGAGGAGAUCCGGAGGAUGCAGGCCGAGUUCACGGACGAGCGGGACUGGAACCAGUUUCACCAGCCCCGCAACCUGCUUCUGGCCAUGGUCGGAGAGGUGGGCGAGGUGUCCGAGCUCUUCCAGUGGCGCGGAGAGGUGGCGGAGGGUCUGCCGGACUGGACCGAGUCUGAGCGGGAACAGCUGGAGCACGAACUGAGCGACGUGUUGAUCUAUCUGCUGGAGCUCGCCAAGAAGUGUCGCGUGGACCUCCCCCAAGCCGUGCUCCGUAAAAUGGCCCUGAACAGACUGAAGUAUCCCGCGAGUAAAGUGCACGGCUCGGCCAAAAAGUACACGGAGUACAAAGACUAGAGAGUUGGGACUUAGGGGACACUUUUUCUUGUUGCUGCUGAAGCUGUUCUUCACUCUGUGGGACAUUCUCUGGGUCAGCUUUGUGUCAAAUUAAAAUGUUCUGUAUUUUAAGCCCUCCUACAGUGCAAGCCUUCAAGUUUUAGCCUGCCACCAAAAAUCAGGGGGAAAAACAAAACAAAAACUUUAUUAGGAGGAAAAUAAUUUCAGGCCUGAUAGUUUUUUUUCUUUUGUUGUUGCAUUUUGCUCAUGUAGAGGAUUAUCUCCAUUAGCAUGUCAAGUUUUCACUUUAGCGCCUUUAGAGGUGACUGUGAUUUAAAAUGCCAGUAAAAGUCCCAAAGAUGAUGCAGGACGAUUUUUUUUUAUAAAUAUUUCACACCUGAUUGAAAUGUUUUGUUCUUAUCAUGACUGUUGCAUGCUGGUUUUAGAAGUAAAAGUUGUUUUCUUUCUGA